AAAGAACAGUAUCUUGUAGGAAGUAGAAGAAGCGGCGGCAGCAGCAGCAUUAAUGUUUGAUAAUAAUUAGAGUUUUGCUGUUUGGAACAUUAACAUAAGACAGGUUUCAGUUCACCGUUUGGUAGAGGAAAGAGCAAAAGUAGGCAAAGCGCUUGUCUGUGCGCUGCUCGCCUCCCAGGAGCCACAAUGACGGCGGCGGUGUUUUUCGGCUGCACCUUCAUCGCCUUCGGCCCUGCUGUGGCUCUGUUCCUCUUCACCAUCGCCCGGGAGCCGCUCAGAGUCAUUUUCCUCAUCGCAGGGGCAUUUUUCUGGCUGGUGUCUCUGCUUCUGGCCUCUCUGGUUUGGUUCAUCUCAGUCCAGAUCAGUAACAAAGACAGUGCCGCACAGCAGAAAGGCCUUCUCAUCUUCGGCGUUGUGCUCUCUGUCCUGCUGCAGGAGACCUUCCGCUUUGCCUACUACAAGCUGUUGAAGAAAGCAAAUGAAGGUCUUCUUACACUCAGUCAGGAAGAAACCAUGCCCAUCUCCAUAAGGCAGCUGGCCUACGUGUCUGGCCUUGGCUUUGGCUUCAUGAGCGGGGCGUUCUCUGUGGUGAACAUCUUGGCUGACUCUGUGGGACCAGGCACUGUGGGGAUUCACGGAGACUCACAGCAUUACUUUUUGUCCUCAGCCUUCAUGACCAUGGCUAUCAUCCUGCUCCACAUGUUCUGGGGAGUGGUCUUCUUUGAUGCCUGUGAGAAGCAGCGUUGGUGGGCAGUGGCUGCUGUAGUCAUCAGUCACCUUCUCGUCUCCUGUCUGACAUUCCGCAACCCAGAGUAUGUUGCCAGUCUGGUUCCCACCUAUGUCAUCCUGUUCCUGAUGGGACUGUGGGCUUUUUACUGCGCCGGUGGCUCUUUCAGGAACCUCAAACUCUGCCUGACCUGCAAAGACAAGGACUUCCUGCUCGCCAACCACCGGCCCAGAUAACGCCUCAUACCAGGCAGCGUGCAGGAUUUGCUGCACAAGCACCAGAGUUCAUAUGCACAUAUUGAACACAGAAAAGAACAAGUGUUAACACUCUGCUCUUCGGCUGUUUCACUUCACACCAGGGGAAAAUUUCAUUAUCUAAACAACGCAACACAAACGUGACUGUUAAGAGGGAAAGCAGCUGCGAUGGGAGAUUUCGUCUCUGGUUGUGAUUCGUGUCUGGCUCAGUUUUUUUUUUUUUUUUUUAAAGUAUGCAUUUAAUUUACAGGGACUAAAGUUAGAACCUCUGCCAAUUUUGAUUUUGCAAAUUAUUAUUUUUGGGCUUAGCAUCUGAUUGUGCUCCAAUAAUGUGUAAUAAUUACCUGUCUGAUAUGCUGGGAAAACAGACUUUGUAUAAGGUGUUUAUAUUUGUCUUCAACCAUUUUUUUUUCUCACACAUUUAAGUUUGAAAAGUUUCUCUGUGUAUAUAGUUUUAUUUUUUUUCCCCUUCCUGCCUGUUGAUGUUAUUUCCUGUUCUUUUGUGUUUGCCAUCUUUAGUAUAGAAGUAUUUGCCCUUGUACUCCAACUUAACGUGAAGAUUUACACGUUACGUGGGAUAAUUUAUUUUAACAAAUUAGCUUGUAGGCACCAUUUCCCAUUGUGAAAUUGUGGACUUACCGAUGUAAAUUACUUUCAGUGUGAGUGUUGUCAGUGUCACAUUUGAUAUUUCUGUGGUGAUGGUCUCUUUGUGAAAUGUGGCUCAUUUGUACUUUUCUCCCCUAUGCAGUUGAUCAACUGUUUUCUUAGUGAUCCACAAGUUAAACUGAAACUCAAAACACUGAAGGUGUUGUCGUCCAGGAACUUUCAUUCUGCUGUGAUCUUAGGAAAAUUAACUGGAAAGAAAAAGCUAAAUAUACUUAUGUCAAAAUGCCAUUUUUACUAAUGUGAAGUGUAAAUGGAUUCACUUUUUGUACAGACUAACAAAUGUUUCAUGCAAUUCUGUAAUUCAAACAAACUCAUAAGAACAUGAGCAGGUAGAAGACUUUGUUCAGUGGUCUCUCCCCCCCCCCCCCCCCCCCCCCCCUUGUUUCUUGUUGCCUUGUGUUUUAAUGCUUGUGGGGCGAGUGGGAAUUAUUUGACUUGGUCAUCUAAAGUACUCUACAAUCAAUGCUUCCAUUGUGUGUGUGUUUUUUUUUCUUUACCUAUCCACAUUAUUGGAGAUUGUCUUAUUUCCUGUGAGUAGUUGAGAUAUACAUCACUGGUUUAAACUGUACGUUGUAACCUUUCGCAUGUUGUUUUUCUGUGUUAGGAUUAAUUCUAACAACAUUAUGUGGCCAAACCUGUCACCAACCCAACCUACAACUUAAAAAGUCUCA